AUGAACAAGCUUGAAGAAGGAGGAGGAAUCACAAACCCUAAUUCAAGUAGCAUGGGAAUCGCACAUCAUACUUCAAGUGACAGGGAGAAGCUUAAUCGACUAUUUGAUCCUUUGGUGAUGCCAUUAGGUCCUAUGACUAGGGCUAGAGUUAAAAGAUAUUCAAUUGCAGGUCUAAUUGAAGACUUAGGGCCGAUGAACGAAGAGAGAUUGCUUUGUGAAGGUACCAUGGAAAAUCAACAAGGAGAACAAAAUCAAGCCAAUUUGGCUACCAUGUUGAAAACCCUAAUGCAACAUUUGGACAAUAUGGAUACUAAAUUUGAUGCUUUGGCCAAUGAUGUCCAACAAGUAAAGGAUGGCCAAAAUCAACAAGCUCAACCUCCUCAACAAGGAGUCAAUGCUGCAAACAACAAUGAGAGAAUUCAACUUCCACCACCAAGACAAGUUGUCCCUAGAAUCGAUCCUAUGGAAAGGUUGAGGCAACAAGAACUUGGAGGUCAGGCAAUCAAUGAGCAUAUGCGGCCUAGAAGAGGAGUUGAAAGGGAAAGAGAGGAGCCUAAAGACAACAUCAAGUACAAAAUUCCUAAAUUCAAUGGGAGAGGGUCACCAUCCGAUUACUUAGAGUGGGAAUCAAAAUUGGACAUGUACUUUGAUUACCAUCCUCAUGCCGAACCCAAGAAAGUUCAAAUUGCUACUCUUGAGUUCACGAAGAAUGCUUUGAAUUGGUGGAAUCAAUUAGUUCAAUCAAGGAGAAGAAAUUUGGAGAGGCCUAUUGAUACUUGGUUGUCGUUGAAGAGCUUUAUGAGGAAAAGAUUUGUUCCAAGCUUCUAUACUACUUCUCUUUACCAAAGCUUGAAAUCUUUAAGGCAAGGAACAAGGAGUGUUGAUGAGUACUACUCCGAAAUGAUGUUGUUGAUGUCUAGGGCCGAUGUUGAUGAAGCUCCACAAGCUACAAUGGCUAGGUUUAUGGCGGGGUUGAAUAGAGAAAUUCAUGACAUUGUGGAGAUGCAACAACACUAUGAUGUUGAGGAAUUGCUUCAACAUGCUUUGAAGGUCGAGGGUCAAGUGAAAAGAAAUAGUGCUAAGAAGAGCUUUGCAUCAUCAUCAAGCUCAUGGAAAACUCCAAUUAAGAAAGAUGGGAAAUCAUCUAACAAGGAGAAGAGAUAUGGUCAUUAUGCUAAGGAUUGCGUUAACAAGAAGGUUAUGUAUUUUAAUGAGCAUGAUGAAAUUGUGAGUGAAGAUGAAGAAUUUGCACUAGGAUCUAGUGGUGAUGGAGGCGAUGAGAGGGGAUUUGCGUAUGAUAAUGAGGAUGAUGAUGAUGAUGGUAAUACACCGGCACUCUUGAAUUUAGUUGCAAGGAGAACUUUAAGUGCCUAUGUUAAAGGAGAUGUGCACUAUCAAAGGGAGAAUUUGUUUCAUACUAGGAUGACUAAGGAAAAGAGUAAGAUUGUUAGUACUAGUGUGAAUUGCGUUGAUGGUAAAUCUGAUUUGGUUGAUAAGCAUGCUAGUUCUAAGAAAAUUGCUAAAGAGUGUAUGUUUGCUACUAAAAGUGAGAUUAAAGAAGCCUUGAAUGAUAAUUCUGUUUUGAUCUUACUUUUGCUUAAAAAUACACUUAUUCCUAGUGGUUUACCACCAAUUAGGGGGAUUGAACAUCAAAUUGACUUCAUCCCUGGGGUGCAAAUACCUAAUAAGCCAGCUUAUAGGACAAAUCCUGAAGAAACAAAAGAGUUAGAGAAGCAAGUUGGAAAGUUACUUCAAAAGGGUUUUGUGCGUGAAAGUCUUUCUCCAUGUGCAGUUCCUGUUUUGCUAGUUCCUAAGAAGGAUGGAACUUGGAGAAUGUGUGUUGAUUGUAGGGCAAUAAACAACAUAACGGUAAAAUAUCGUCACCCUAUUCCUAGAUUAGAUGAUAUGCUUGAUGAAUUGCAUGGUGCUUGUUUAUUUUCAAAUAUUGAUUUAAAGAGUGGCUAUCAUCAAAUUCGCAUGAAAGAGGGUGAUGAAUGGAAAACUACCUUUAAAUCUAAGCUAGGAUUGUAUGAAUGGUUAGUUAUGCCUUUUGGAUUGACUAAUGCACCUAGUACAUUCAUGAGGUUAAUGAAUCAUGUUUUGAGAGCUUAUACUGGCAAGUUUGUUGUUGUUUAUUUUGAUGAUAUACUUGUGUAUAGCCGAAACUUAGACGAUCAUGUUGAGCACUUGCGUUGGGUUGGAAUUGGAGCUGUUUUAAUGCAAGGUGGGAAGCCCGUAGCUUAUUUUAGUGAGAAAUUGAAUGGGGCUGCAUUGAAUUAUCCAACCUAUGACAAAGAGUUGUAUGCUCUUGUGAGAGCGUUGCAAACAUGGCAACACUAUCUUUGGCCUAAGGAAUUUGUGAUUCAUACGGAUCAUGAGAGCUUGAAGUAUUUAAGAGGCCAACAAAAGUUGAACAAGAGACAUGCUAAGUGGAGUGAGUUCAUUGAAAGUUUUCCUUAUGUUGUGCGAUACAAACAAGGUAAGGAGAAUGUUGUAGCCGAUACUUUAUCAAGGAGUGAAAAUUCUGGAUUUGGGAAGUAUUAUAAGCAUUGUGGAUUUUUGUUUAAGGAAUCUAGAUUGUCUGUACCUUCUUGUUCUUUGCGCAUCAUGCUCAUGAAGGAAUCACAUGAAGGGGGUUUAAUGGGUCACUUUGGAGUUGAUAGAACAUAUGACAUAUUGCAUGAACACUUCUUUUGGCCUAAGAUGCGACAUGAUGUAGGAAAGUAUGUUGCUAGUUGCAUUGUUUGUUUGCAAGAUAAAUCAACAUCUAAACCUCAUGGAUUGUAUACUCCUUUGCCUAUUCCUCAUGAACCAUGGACUCAUAUUAGUAUGGAUUUUGUGAUAGGUUUACCUCGUUCUAUGAGAGGUAAAGAUUCUAUCUUUGUGGUUGUUGAUAGGUUUUCUAAGAUGGCACACUUUAUUGAAUGCACUAAAACAGAUGAUGCCAUUAAUGUAGCUAAUUUGUUCUUUAAGGAGAUUGUUAGACUACAUGGAAUGCCUAGGACGAUUGGCUUGAUUAAAAAGAACUUAAGAACUUGGGAGGAUUGUCUACCUCAUGUUGAAUUUGCAUACAAUAGAAGCAUACAUAGCACUACUGGAUGUUCACCUUUUGAAACUGUGUAUGGCUUUAAUCCUUUAACCCCAUUGGAUUUGUUGAGUUUACCUUUGAGUGUGCAAGUCGACAUAGAUGGACAAAAGAAGACUGAUUUUGUUAAGGAGCUUCAUGCUAGGGUUCGAGCUCAGAUUGAGAAGAAAACGCAACACUACAUGAAGAAUGCUAACAAAGGGCGCAAGGAAAUCAUCUUUGAACCUGGUGAUUGGGUUUGGUUGCAUUUAAGAAAGGAGAGGUUCCCUGAAAAGAGAAAGUCUAAGCUCUUACCUCGUGGAGAUGGUCCAUUACAAGUUUUGGAGAGGAUCAACAACAAUGCCUACAAGCUAGAUCUUCCAAGUGAAUAUGGCAAUGGAGAUGGGAUGAUGCGCCAAGGGCUUAUCAUGGACAUGAAGAGCACAAUGGAGAUCAUAGAGAGGUUGAUCAUGGACUUGAAGGAAGCAUGGAAAAACUUGAAGAAGAAGCUUGAAGAAGAAGGAGGAAUCGCAAACCCUAAUUCAAGUAGCAUGGGAAUCGCACAUCAUACUUCAAGUGACAAAGAGAAGCUUAAUCGACCAUUUGAUCCUUUGGUGAUGCCAUUAGGUUCUAUGACUAGGGCUAGAGCUAAAAGGUUCAAGGAAGCAUUAUUGGGCUUUGUUCGAACUCAUCUUGAAGGAUUGAAGUCCAUUGAAGAUCAAUUGAAGAGUAUUGAAGAUCAUAAGCCAAGGAAUAUUCCCAACGAUUUCAAGCUAUGCACUUUGCUUGAAAUCGUUGAGCCUUGA